UGUUUAUAUAAUUUACGAUACAUGGUGUUAGUAGGCUUACAUCAAUAUUUUAGUUGUUAAAUAAUUCUCGGUAAAUAUUAUAAUAUUCGAAAUUCGUUUAUGUUUCAAAAUAAUGCAAUUCAAAUUGACAUAACUAUUGUUCAUUACUUUAUUCAUUAAAUAAAUGUUGAUCUUUAAUAAUCUGUUCAGUGUAUCGCUUAUGGUUUUCUAUACCUAAUUAAAAACUUUUUUAUCGUCCAUAAAAAACUAUUUACUUGAAUUACUUUCUUUAACAUAUAUUUCUUUGAUACACACGCGAAUAAAAAUAAUAUGGAGUUAAAUCCUAUGCAAGUUGCCUUAAAUACUGUUAGGACAUUAAGGUUGGAGUUAAUGCAGCUUAUCAUUGAAAUUGGUGAAGGAGUAAAAGAAGAUGGUUCACAAACAGACACAAAAGAUAAUCGUUAUAUGUAUUCUAUGAAUGAAAUGGUUGGAAAACUUGGACUGCAUAUGAGGGAUCUUGAGCAAGUCGUUGGAUCCUUAUCAAGUCCUCCAGGUGCUAUGUUAUUGUAUAAUACAUCAUUUUUAACACAAGAGAGCACAUCUGAUCGACAAGCAUUAUACACUCCUCUUGUAUCUUCUCACAAAUGGCUUGACAAAGUGCAUAAAUUUAGUUCAAAUGCUGUGCAAAUUUUAAGUCAUAAUUCAUUAAAAAAAUCAUAUUACAAUUCCAGUACGAAUAAAAAAAAGCGACAGCAGUCUAGUUUACAUAAUAUAUCACCACAAGCUGUUGAUGUACUUUUAACUAAUAUUGAUCGGAUGUUUCCUGAUAUGAGUAUUACAAUAACAAGACCCUGUGCAUCAAAUGUUGUCUUAUUGGUUGGACUAAGUAGAGUUUUACAAGCCAUUAUAUCAUUUAAAGGAGUUAUGAUUGAAUGGGUUAUUGUUAAAGGAUUCAAUGAACCUAUUAACCCUAAUAGUUUACAACAAGAGCUUUGGCAAGAAUCAAGAUACCAUGUUUUUCGUAAAAUUACUGAUCAUGCUAAUGCAGCUAUGUUACAUUUCUCUUCACCAACAUUGCCAGAUCUUUCAGUCCGAUCAUUCAUGACUUGGCUCAAUAGUUAUUUGAUAUUAUUCAAUUCGGUGUGUAAAGCAUGUGGAAAUCGAUUGCUUAAUGCAUAUCCGCCAACUUGGAGAGAUCUUAGAUCAUUAGAUACAUACCAUUAUGAAUGUAAACCAUAAAUAUUAAUUUAAACUAUUUUUUAAUUUAUUUAAUAACUUAUAAAUAAUAUUAAUUGUGCAUUAUGAGGUUAUAAUUAUAAGAUAAAAUAAAUGUUUUUGAUAUUUAAUAUUAAUACAUUAAACAACUAUGAUUUAAUGAUUACA